AUGCCUUCUGGAGAAGUUACCAACGCCAUUCCAGGUCUGGGCAACAAGACACGCAAGGAGGAUGGUAUACCCACUGAAAUCUACAAGUUUUGUGUCGACAAGCUGGUGUCCUGGCGAUUUCAGGCUGUGCAUGAUCCUAGGGUGAGGCCCAACCAAGCCAGAUGCCGUGCUGAGCGCGAAUGUGCACACCAAAUACUCACACUGACACACGUCCUUGAAUUCCGCUAUAGCUACCAACAACCGACGGCCAUCUGCUUUGUUGACUUUGCCACUGCGUUCGAUUCCGUCCAUCGUUAA